AUGCCUCUUCAACCUCCCGAAGAAUACCACAUCCACACCCCGACCCCUCACGUCCCGAACUCGCGUCUCCCGGUGCUGAUCUAUCGUUCCGUGCUUCCUCUUCCCCCGAACGAGAAAGAGGAAGAGGAAGACACUGCUGGAUCAGAAUCGAGGUUGAAUCAUCCUUGCUCAGAGGAAGAAGGCUCUCCCGCAUUCUCGGCUGCUGGCGCAGCGAGGCAAGCAAUCGAAGCGAACCAUUGGUAUUAUGGCGGGAUAUUCAAGUCGUAUUGGGCGCACCAUUUUCAUAGCGUGACGCAUGAGUGUUAUGCGGUGGUUGCUGGAAGGAGUAGGCUGCUGCUUGGGGUGGGGCCUUUGGAUGGGGGCGUAGACGAGGGAGGAAGGAAAAGGGAGAGGAAUGGGGUGCAGGUUGAGUUGGGGACGGGGGAUGUUAUUGUGUUACCGGUGAGUACUUGA